AAACAAUUUCCGACUCAUAAUCUAUAUGGUGUGACUCAACAAAUGAAUAAUUUGAGUGUAACAAAACAAGGUUUCGAUCAGCUAUGGGGUCAUCAGAUGGUAGAUCUUAUGCAGUGCAAGAAUAUUUUACCGGAGUAUUCCGAAGACCCACCGGAAAUAAGGCUUGGGCAUCAAUUUGCCGAGUCACCAAAUUGCAGUCCUGAGAUCUUCAGGUGUACAGUGAACCGCAUUCCAGAGAAUAACUCGCUAUUGCAAAAGUCUAGACUACCCUUAGGGAUCUUAAUACACCCAUUCAAAGACCUAAAUCAUCUACCAGUAAUACAAUGUUCAACGAUAGUGCGUUGCCGAGCUUGUAGGACAUACAUUAAUCCAUUUGUUUAUUUUGUUGACUCAAAGCGCUGGAAAUGUAAUCUUUGCUACAGAGUCAAUGAAUUACCAGACGAAUUCCAAUACGAUCCGUUAAGUAAAUCGUACGGCGAUCCGUCCCGACGCCCCGAGAUAAAGUCGGCUACGAUAGAAUUUAUAGCUCCCAGCGAAUAUAUGCUCCGGCCUCCACAGCCGGCCGUCUACUUGUUCCUUCUGGAUGUUUCACAGAUUGCAAGGGAAUCGGGUUAUUUGCAGGUCGUGUGUGACAUCCUCAAGAAGAAUUUAGAUCAAUUACCAGGGGAUGCGCGUACGCAAAUUGGUUUCAUAUGUUACGAUGCGCACGUACAUUAUUAUUUGAUGAGCGACGGCUUGACCAGGCCUAAAGAAAUGACAGUUUUGGAUAUUGAAGACAUAUUCCUACCAUCCCCGGAGUCACUGCUAGUUAAUUUGGGCGAGUACAAGGAUCUAGUUGAGGAAUUAUUAACUAUACUGCCUCAGCGCUACUCGACGCCUGGCGUUCCGGCCUCUGCACUGGGAUCCGCGCUGCAAGCGGCUUACAAACUGAUGGCCCCAACGGGUGGGCGAAUAACAGUUUUUCAAACUUGUCUGCCCAACAUUGGUCCAGGAGGUUUACAAUCAAGGGAGGAUCCAAAUGCCCGUUCGUCCAAAGAGGUAGCACAUUUAAAUCCAGCGACUGAUUUCUACAAGAGGCUAGCCUUGGACUGCAGCGGAGCUCAAGUUGCCGUUGAUUUGUUUUUACUCAGCUCUCAAUACUGUGAUCUGGCAACGCUUAGUGGUAUGAGUAAGUUCAGUGCCGGUACAGUGUACCACAUCCCGCUUUUCCGAGCUCAGAGACCGUGGCAAACUGAGCAGCUAACGAAAAUGUUUACACGGUAUCUCACGAGGAAGAUUGGAUUCGAAGCCGUUAUGAGGGUUCGGUGUACUAGGGGUUUAUCUAUCCACACGUUCCACGGUAACUUCUUCGUGAGGUCAACGGAUCUCCUGUCUCUUCCCAAUGUGUCUCCGGAUGCUGGUUUUGGAAUGCAACUCACGAUAGAUGAAUCACUAUCGGAUCUACAGCAAGUUUGUUUCCAGGCAGCUCUGCUCUAUACUAGCAGUAAAGGUGAAAGAAGGAUACGUGUCCACACAUUAGCUUUACCUAUCGCAAAUACAUUACCAGACGUUUUACAUUCGGCCGAUCAACAGUGUAUAAUUGGAUUACUUAGUAAAAUGGCCGUGGAUCGUUGCGCAACUGCAUCGAUGUCGGAAGCUAAGGAGGCUCUAAUAAAUGCUGCUGUAGACGUGUUAUCAGCUCAUCGUCUUGCACAGAACUUACCCGUCGGAGCCUCCACUGCUGCGUUACACGCGCCUCUGACGUUACGCCUACUCCCGCUGUAUAUACUGGCGUUGUUGAAGCGGGUGACGUUCCGUACCGGCACAUCGACACGUCUGGAUGAGCGCGUAGCCGACAUGUGUAUGAUGAAGUGCGCGCCGCUGCCGGCGCUGCUGCGCGCCGUGCACCCCGACCUGUACGCCAUACACGCGCUGCGCGACCACGUGCGCGACCACGACCACGACCACGACCACGACAGUGAUCGCGACCACCACCCCGGUGCGCCCGACCCGCCGCGUCUACAGCUCUCCGCUGAGAGGAUAAAUAUGAACGGAGCGUAUCUCUUAGACGACGGUGAAACGAUGAUAAUAUACGUAUGUCACGCCGCCACUCCGGCCUUCUUGUCUGAGACAUUUGGUGUGGCGGCCUUCAGUCAACUACCAGAUGAGGCAAGGAGUCUACCGAGGAUAGAGAACGAAGGAAACGAGCUACUUCAUUUGUUCAUCGACAAACUGAACGAUGACCGACCUUAUCCAGCUAGUAUACUAAUUCUUAGGGACAAUUCACCAUCACGACAACUUUUCACGGAGCGAUUGAUCGAAGACCGAGUCGAGUCCGCGUUUUCGUACUACGAAUUCUUGCAACACGUUAAGACUCAAGUGAAAUGAGUGAUCAAGUGCUCGUUUGGGUCAUAUGCAGUCUCUGGCUGGUCUCGCUGCGCUGUUACAGAAGUUCUCAGUGGAACC